AUGGCGACCACUUUCAAGGAGCGUCUCAAAACCGUCUCGCUCAUCUUUGCUUGCGGUACUGCUCUAUUUUCAGAUGGAUACGCUAACGGUGUGAUUGGAAGUGUGAAUACAUUGUUGAGCCGCAUCUACGGGGCAGAUGAGCUUGCCCACCACAACUACAGCCGCAUUUUGAGUAGUGUCGCCUUUGCUGGAACGAUCGUGGGCAUGUUGACCUUUGGUUACCUUUCGGACAAGAUUGGAAGAAAAUUUGGGAUGAUGACAGCUACUGGCAUUGUCGCUCUAUUUUCACUGCUAUCAGCUGCUUCUGCUGGUGCUCACGGCAGUAUUGGUGGACUCCUCAGUAUGCUCAGUGCCAUGCGUUUCCUCUUAGGAAUCGGUGUCGGUGCGGAAUACCCUUGCGGCUCUGUUUCUGCUUCGGAGCAAUCUGAGGAAAAGGGCAUUCACAAGAACGCUCAGCAUCGAUGGUUUGCUCUAGCUACAAAUGCGAUGAUUGAUUUCGGCUUCGUUGUCGCAGCAUUUGUGCCUCUGGUCCUAUUUUGGAUCUUCGGCGAGCACCACCUUCGAGCUGUCUGGCGCCUGUCUUUGGGAUUGGGGGUUGUUCCCGCACUGGCCGUGUUUAUCUGGCGUCUAUCCAUGGAAGAGCCCACCCGUUACAAGAAGGACUCCAUGAAACAUGCCAAAAUACCAUACCGGCUCAUCCUCAAGCGCUACGGGGGCUCGUUGGCUGCGAUUUCUGCUACCUGGUUUCUUUAUGAUAUCAUCACGUAUCCUUUUGGGAUAUAUUCCUCUAUCAUUGUUGAUCGUGUCACUGGCGGAUCAUCUGCUCUUUCUGUAGUGUUCGGCUGGAACGUUAUCAUCAAUUUGUUCUAUAUGCCUGGCACAAUUGGAGGUGCAUUUAUCGUUGACUAUCUGGGCCCAAAAUGGACUAUGAUCACUGGUCUCCUUUUUCAAGCGUUGAUUGGGUUCAUCAUGAGUGGACUCUAUAAACAUUUGACGGAGCAUGUUGCUGCCUUUGUUGUGUAUGGCAUCUUCCUCAGUUUCGGAGAACUUGGUCCUGGUAAUUGCUUGGGAUUACUGGCUAGCAAGAGUAGCCCCACUGCCGUGCGCGGGCAAUUCUAUGGCAUUGCAGCAGCAAUUGGGAAGGUUGGAGCAUUUAUUGGAAUCUGGAUCUUCCCCCCUAUAAUUCAAGAUUUCGGAGGAGCCAAUACUGACAAAGGAAACACUGGCCCUUUCUGGAUUGGGAGUGGUUUCGCUGUCCUUAGUGCUCUUAUUACGUUGUUUUUCAUCCGACCUCUUUCCCAUGACGGAAUGGUGGAGGAAGACCGUGCAUUCCGCGAAUAUCUGGAGGCGAACGGUUACGAUACGAGCGCAAUGGGGUUGAAGCAGACAGAUCCAGAUUUCUCAGCUUCAAUUGACGAGAAGGAACCGAAUGUUGACACGAAGAUUGCUGACAGUGUAGCGGCAUAA